UACGCUUUUCUAUACAAAUGUCAGCUGUCAAUAUCCACUGUUUGGUGUAAAUACGGUGUAGUUUAUAAGAAAUUGAAAAAUUUUACUGUUAACAAUUUUAAAAAACUUUGUGCAUUUUAAAAUUCAUUAAAUUAGUGAUUUUUUUAAUAAUUAUUUUUAUACAAUGGGCAAUGCUGAUACUAAAUUAAAUUUUCGAAAAGCUGUUGUUCAACUUACAUCUAAGUCACAGGAAAUUGAUGCAAAUGAUGAUACUUUUUGGGAUCAGUUCUGGUGUGAAAAUGUUUCGAGUGUUCAAGAUAUUUUUACAUUAAUACCAGCUCCUGAAAUUCGAAUACUGCGAGAGGAAGCGCCUUUAAAUUUAGGAAAUUUAUGUUACAAAGCAGUAGAAAAAUUAGUAAAGGCCGUUGAUUGUAGUUGUCGUACACAAGGAGAGCAUCAAACAGUUUUAAAUUGUUGUCGUUUAUUAACGCGUUUAUUACCUUAUAUAUUUGAAGAUUUAGAAUGGAAAGGAUUCUUUUGGGAGAGCUUACCAGGCAAAGAAGAAGAACAAAGUAUGCCUUUGGCGCAUUCUUUACUUAAUGCACUCUGCGAUCUACUUUUUUGUCCGGAUUUUACAGUGUUCUCGAGCAAAAAAUCAGGCCCUGAUAAAGCUGAGGAAUUACAAUCUGUAGAUAGUUGUGAAUAUAUUUGGGAAGCUGGUGUAGGAUUUGCACAUUCGCCACCUAGACAUCCGUUACUUGAUGCUAAUAGAACGGAAUUAUUAAAAUUACUUUUAACAUGUUUCAGCGAAACUAUGUACAGUCCACCUAUAGAUCUAUCUGAAUCUCCAAACAAAUGGAUUCAAUAUUUAACAAGUGGAGAAAAUAGGCAUGCUUUGCCUAUGUUUACAUCUUUAUUGAAUACAGUCUGCGCUUAUGAUCCAGUAGGACUGGGAGUUCCAUACAAUCAUCUCAUAUUUACGGAUUCUUUAGAGCCUUUAGUAGAUGUUGCUUUACAAAUUUUGAUAGUAACCCUUGAUCAUGACACAAGUAGUGGAAUCUCUAUUGAAGAAGGUGCAGUUGGUGAUAAUCUCUUCAUAAAUUAUUUAAGUCGUAUUCAUCGAGAUGAAGAUUUCCAGUUUAUUUUAAAAGGAAUUACAAGGCUACUAAAUAAUCCACUUUUGCAAACUUAUUUGCCAAACUCAACAAAGAAGGUUCACUUUCAUCAAGAAUUAUUAGUUCUUUUCUGGAAAAUGUGUGAUUAUAAUAAAAAAUUUUUGUACUAUGUACUUAAAAGUUCCGACGUUUUGGAAGUUCUAGUUCCAAUUUUAUAUCAUUUAAAUGACUCAAGGGCUGACCAAUCUCGCGUUGGAUUAAUGCAUAUUGGUGUUUUUAUUCUGCUACUUCUAAGUGGAGAACGUAAUUUUGGUGUUCGAUUAAAUAAGCCAUACACAGCAACUGUUCCCAUGGAUAUUCCGGUUUUUACUGGUACACAUGCUGACCUUUUAAUCACAGUCUUUCAUAAAAUAAUCACUACCGGUCAUCAAAGACUACAACCUUUAUUUGACUGUUUACUGACGAUACUAGUUAAUGUUUCACCUUAUUUGAAAACAUUAUCGAUGGUAGCUAGUACAAAAUUGCUGCAUUUAUUAGAGGCAUUUAGUACUCCUUGGUUUCUUUUUUCAGCACCUUCGAAUCAUCAUUUAAUAUUUUUUUUACUUGAAAUUUUUAAUAACAUUAUACAGUAUCAAUUUGAUGGUAACAGCAAUUUGGUAUACACAAUAAUUCGAAAGCGACAAGUUUUUCAUGCUUUAGCUAAUCUUCCAACCGAUUGUAAUACUAUUGCUAAAUCUCUCAAUAAAAGACAAAGAAGAUAUGCUGGUAACAAUUCAUCAAAUGAAAGUAUUAGCGAAGCUGCAAUGGAAGGUUCCCGUCCUGCUCAACCUGCAGAACCUGGCACUUUAAAAGCAACUUUAUUAGAAACACCUGGAAUUGAAAAAAUGACGGAAAAAGAAUCUGCACAUCCCUUGAGCCUUUCGACAGAUGCUAUUAAAUUAAAAGAUGACGAAAGCAUGGAAUUAGAAAAUUUAUCUGAAGAAUCAGCUAACAUUGGCCGAGCAAACUCUAUUGUGUCGAGAGGAGGAAUCAGAGUUGGAGAGCAUAUAACUCCUGAUGUAAAUCAAUGGACACCUUCAGUCGAAUGGGUGUGCCAGUGGAAAAACAAGCUACCUCUUCAAACAAUCAUGCGAUUGUUGCAAGUUCUUGUACCACAAGUGGAAAAAAUUUGCAUUGACAAAGGAUUAACGGAUGAAAGUGAAAUUUUAAAAUUUCUUCAACAUGGAACACUCGUUGGUUUAUUACCAGUGCCUCAUCCAAUACUUAUUCGGAGAUAUCAAGCAAACACAGGAACGACGGCAUGGUUUAGGACAUACAUGUGGGGCGUUAUUUAUUUAAGAAAUGUAGAACCACCAAUAUGGUAUGACACAGAUGUAAAAUUAUUCGAGAUACAAAGAGUUUAAAAGUCAUGUCUGUUGAAAACACCAUGAAUCAUAUUAUAUGUAUUAUUUCUGUUGCAAAAACAAUCUUCGGAUAAAAUUCAUGUAUAUUAUAAUGAUUUAAAAUACUGUUUUAACAAUUGUAAAAUGUCAUUCUUAGUCCUAAGGAAUAUUAUUUCCUUCUUCUCACGUUAAUGUGAUAUUCAUUUGCAUUUUACUUUUUACUGACACUAUUCAUCAUAUCUAAUAUGUAAUAAGAAAUUGUAUCGUAAAAAUGUAUAUGAAACAAACAAAAAAAAUUAUUUCAGAAAAUUAUUUUCACAGAACAGUAUUUAAGUAUAAAAUAACAGUUUCUGUAUUGUGUGCAAUAAAUAAUGUUUUAUUUA